AGGCGGCGCGCAGCCUGUGUCAUCCGCCAUCUUGUGCGAAGCAAGGUGGCCUCCACGUUCCCUGAGCGUCUUCUCCGCUUCUGUCUCGACCGCCCCUUGAUCACAGACAUGUCUAGAGAUCGGUUCCGGAGCCGCGGCGGUGGCGGUGGCGGCUUCCACCGGCGCGGAGGAGGCGGCGGCCGCGGCGGCCUGCACGACUUUCGCUCCCCGCCGCCCGGCAUGGGCCUUAAUCAGAACCGCGGACCCUUGGGUCCCGGCCCAGUCCCGGGUGGCCCCAAGCCCCCGAUCCCGCCACCGCCUCCGCAUCAACCGCAGCAGCAGCCACCGCCUCAGCAGCCGCCACCACAGCAGCCACCGCCGCUUCAGCCGCCGCAUCAGCAGCCGCCACCGCAUCAGCAGCCACCACCGCCACAGGACUCAUCUAAGCCCGUCGUUCCUCAGGGACCCGGCCCGGCUCCAGGAGUAGGUAGCGCUCCCCCAGCCUCCGGAUCGGCGCCUCCCGCUACUCCCCCGACCUCUGGGGCUACCACGGGGCCAGGCCCCACUCCAACCCCGCCGCCCGCUGUCACUUCGGCGCCCCCCGGGGCGCCCCCGCCAGCGCCGCCGAGCAGUGGGGUCCCUACCACCCCCCCUCAGACCGGGGGUCCGCCGCCUCCACCCGCGGGUGGCCAAGGCCCGGGGCCAGGGCCUAAGCAGGGUCCAGGACCUGGCGGCCCCAAAGGCGUCAAAAUGCCAGGCGGGCCGAAGCCCGGCGGUGGCCCGGGCCUAAGCACUCCUGGCGGUCAUCCGAAGCCGCCGCACCGAGGAGGCGGGGAGCCCCGCGGAGGCCGGCAGCACCACCCACCCUACCACCAGCAGCACCACCAGGGGCCUCCGCCCGGCGGGCCGGGCGGCCGCAGCGAGGAGAAGAUCUCCGACUCGGAGGGGUUUAAAGCCAACUUGUCUCUCUUGAGGAGACCUGGAGAGAAAACUUACACUCAGCGUUGUCGGUUGUUUGUUGGGAAUCUACCUGCUGAUAUUACGGAGGAUGAAUUCAAAAGACUAUUUGCUAAAUAUGGAGAACCAGGAGAAGUUUUUAUCAACAAAGGCAAAGGAUUCGGAUUUAUUAAGCUUGAAUCCAGAGCAUUGGCUGAAAUUGCUAAAGCUGAACUUGAUGAUACACCCAUGAGAGGUAGACAGCUUCGGGUUCGCUUUGCCACACAUGCUGCUGCCCUUUCUGUUCGAAAUCUUUCACCUUAUGUUUCCAAUGAACUGUUGGAAGAAGCCUUUAGCCAGUUUGGUCCUAUUGAAAGGGCUGUUGUAAUUGUGGAUGAUCGUGGAAGAUCGACAGGCAAAGGCAUUGUUGAAUUUGCUUCUAAACCAGCAGCAAGAAAAGCAUUUGAAAGAUGCAGUGAAGGUGUUUUCUUAUUGACAACAACUCCUCGUCCGGUCAUUGUGGAGCCACUUGAACAAUUAGAUGAUGAAGAUGGUCUUCCUGAAAAACUUGCACAGAAGAAUCCAAUGUAUCAAAAGGAGAGAGAAACCCCUCCUCGUUUUGCCCAGCAUGGCACGUUUGAGUAUGAAUAUUCUCAGCGAUGGAAGUCCCUAGAUGAAAUGGAGAAACAGCAAAGGGAACAAGUGGAAAAAAACAUGAAAGAUGCAAAAGACAAAUUGGAAAGUGAAAUGGAAGAUGCCUAUCACGAGCAUCAGGCAAAUCUUUUGCGUCAAGAUCUGAUGCGACGCCAGGAAGAAUUAAGACGCAUGGAAGAACUUCACAAUCAAGAAAUGCAGAAACGUAAAGAAAUGCAAUUGAGGCAAGAGGAGGAACGACGUAGAAGGGAAGAAGAGAUGAUGAUUCGUCAACGUGAAAUGGAAGAACAAAUGAGACGCCAAAGAGAAGAAAGUUACAGCCGAAUGGGCUACAUGGAUCCAAGAGAAAGAGACAUGAGAAUGGGUGGUGGAGGAGCAAUGAACAUGGGAGAUCCCUAUGGUUCAGGAGGCCAGAAAUUUCCACCUUUAGGUGGUGGUGGUGGCAUAGGUUAUGAAGCUAAUCCUGGAGUUCCACCAGCAACCAUGAGUGGUUCCAUGAUGGGAAGUGACAUGCGUACUGAGCGCUUUGGGCAGGGAGGUGCGGGACCUGUGGGUGGACAGGGUCCUAGAGGAAUGGGGCCUGGAACUCCAGCAGGAUAUGGUAGAGGGAGAGAAGAGUAUGAAGGCCCAAACAAAAAACCCCGAUUUUAGAUGUGAUGAUAUCAAGGCUUUCAUUCCAGUUUGUUUUUGUCUUUUCUUGUUUAGAUACCAAUCUUUUAAAUUCUUGCAUUUUAGUAAGAAAGCUACUUUUUAUGGAUGUUAGCAGUUUAUUGACCUAAUAUUUGUAAAUGGUCUGUUUGGGCAGGUAAAAUUAUGUAAUGCAGUGUUUGAAACGGGAAUUUUUUUCCUUUUCUUUUUUUUUUUUAAACUGUAUAAUGUCCCCUCAAGUUAUGGCAGUGUACCUUGUGCCACUGAAUUUCCAAAGUGUACCAUUUUUUUUUUUUUUUUACUGUGCUUCAAAUAAAUAGAUAAAAUAGUUAUAAUAUUGAUUUUCAA